GAAAGACAAAUCAAAUUAAAUCAAUUCGGCACUUCGCUUUACCAGACGGAAAUCAUUUCAGUUUUAGUAGGUAAUUUACUUUUUUCAGCAGAAAUACAAUAACACAACAACAACAAUGGAAAUGGAUAAAGAGGAAGGAGAAAUGAGUGACGAUCCGAUGCUAGGGGAUGAAGAUAAUGAUUGUAUUCCAGAAGACGUAAAGCCUACAUUGCUUUAUAAGGCAGAAAAGGAAGGAUUAAUCAUCACACAACUAGAAAAAAUUGACGCGAAGAAGUUAGAAGAGAGAGCAAAAAGAUUUGGGUUGAAUCUCUCAGGAAACAGAGUAGUAACACAGAAACAAAUUGAUGAGCUGUACCGUAAUUUUGGAAUAGAAAGUGGGAAUGAACGACAUUUUCGCUUUGAUGCACUACAUUUAAAUGGAAUUGCUGGACUUAAGGAAAAAGAUAUAUUUGAGUACCUUGCGGAUUAUAAACCAGUCAGCCUUGAAUGGAUUGAUGACAAAUCAUGUAACAUAGUUUGUCAAGAUCAUAUAUCAGUUGCAUUGGCAUUGUUAGUGCAUUCACGGGAAAUAAGAAAUGAAGAUUUAAUAGAUAUGCUCAAGAAAUCGUCACAUCACUGGAGGGAAGGUGUUCCACACCCUAAAAAGGACCUGAUAUUGAUGCGUUUUGCUACUAAUGGAGAUAAGAAAUUGCCAAAAAAGGUACCAGAAAGGAAAGCGCCAGAAGGGUAUUAUGAUGAAAUUUUAGAUCCACCAACUAAAAACCCCUGGGGAGAUUUAUGUAAAUCUUGGGGUGUAUAUGACAAUCAGGAAGUUAUUCAGCGCAGAUUAUCCAAGAAUGAUUAUGAAGAUGAAAUAGAAGAACCAGUGCCAAAAGUACAAAUCAGAAAUAAGAGACUAGCCAUGCGCCUCGGCAAAAGACAUCAUAACAAUGUGGAAGACCAGGAUGAAGAUAGUGAUUCUGACACUGAAUGGAAAAAGAAGUCUAAGGCUCCUAGAAUGAGAAUGCAUGCUGAUGACGAAGAAUCUAAGCAGAAUAAGAAAAGACAAGCUAUGGAAUUGACUAAAGCUAUUGCCGAUAAAGAUGUUUAUGCUCCUCUGUCCAUAGAAGUGGUCAAUUCAAGAAGUAAUUAUACACCAAGAGAAUCAGUACUGUUGUCAGAUAAAUUCAAGUACCACAAUAAAACAACUACAAAUAAAGCUAGAAACAACGUUCAGUCAAGGUUAGGUGCUAAAAUUCUGCAUGAAGAUGUACCAUCAUCAAGUGACGAGUCCUCAUACUCUUCUGAUGAAUCUGAUCACAACACAAUGAGUAGAGUUCAAAAAAUAUCUACUGCAAAGAGUUCCAGUGUAUGGUCAAGACUAGAUUCAAAGCCUACCACUACAAGUGAUCACAAUGAUUUGAGGCAGAUGCUAAAGUCAAAAAAGCAAUCUACUACUAAGACAGAUGAUUUAAGAGAUAGAAUAAGUAAAUACAAAAGAGCACCUUUACGGAUUGAAAUAGACAAUAAAUAAGGAAUUAUCAUUUAGGUAAAUUGUUGGAAUGAUUGGAGAGAUCAUGGCUACGCGAAAAAUGGCUCAGAUACCUGGAGAGGAUGGGGGAGUAUAGUUAGGCCCUUCUUGAGAACAUUCUCCAUUUCUACCUAUGGUUUCUCGAGCGAGAAUGUUUCCCAUACAAAGCGGAGAAUGUUCUCAAGAACGUCACAACUCUUGAGGGAGGGAUGAUUGUAAUGUGAAGAGAAUGCAAGGACCUGACAUUCAAACUAGAUGUUCCUGGCCAUUCCUUUGAGGCGCGAAAUUCACCUUGAAUAACGUCACGCUGGAAUCAGGGCUCGGAACCGGUAUUUUUUUAAAACCCCGAAAUAGCCCAAUAUUUUGAAUUUUUUUAUGCUCAUUACGUUGGACUGAAUCAUGUAUUUAGAAAACAAUUUUGCAUUAUUAAAACGUCCCAUUAAAAAUGAAAUUAUAAACAAAAGAACGAAAAAGAACGUAAUAAUACCGGUAUUUUUGUAUGGAGCAAAUACCGGUUUCCGACCCCUGGCUGGAAUGCCGUGUCUACUGGAGGUGAUUCUCUUGAAAAUAGUUGUGAUGUGGUAUUCCUUCAUGCAGCUCGAGCUACUUUCAAGAGAAUCACCGCACAGAAAGAGAUGCAAAAUUAUUAUUACGUUGCGUUGAAUGCGCCUAAGUCUUUUGGUCGGGUGUAUAACAAAACAAAAUAAACUGUAAUGGCCUGAUUGUAUGUUAAUGUCCUACAAAAAGCAUUUAUUGCUGGACAAUUAUAUUGGACAUACACACAAUCAUGCCAGUUUCUCACUUCGUUUACUGUUAUCAUUACACUAUGACCUUGUGAAGAAAUGUGUUCUAUGCAGUUAAAGAUCGAUAUAGAUCUCUGGAGUGCUGAACCAGCAUAGUUUUAGUAGUAAUUCUACAGCAGGAGUAUUUUAAUUAUGAAAUUAAAUUAAUGUUUAGGUUACUUGUUUACCUAAUGUUUUGUGUCUAUCUUAUUCUAUUGAAUAUCUGACUCCUUAAUUCUUAAUUGAAUUACAUAAAUCAAAUGUGUAUUAUUGUCAUAAUCAAUCUUUUUUACUGAUGUAAAUUCUUAUGAAUCUUAUGAUCAAUGUUUUGCGUGUGCAAGCUAGAGCCAGAAUAAAAGAGGUAAUGUAGUAAAUAAAUCUUUAUUUUGCAUAUUCGAAGUAUAAGUGCACUGAUACAAACAGAAUGUUAAUAAUUAAGGAUAAUAAAAACGUGACCAUCUCA